GCGUCUGUCAUCGCUCCGUUAAUGGAAAGUCACUCCGGCUGUUUUCUGCGGUGCAGAUCUGUUCAGUAAGGGCCUGGCUGGAGGAAGGCGGGGAGAAAAAAACACGCACGAGUGGAUUUUGUGUCGGCCGAAAACCCAGGAAGGAAGCGGGAGAAGGGACAGGGCUCCGCCGAGAGAGACGGAAAUGAGAGGGGGGUGUCCAAAGAGGAAACCCUAUCCCUUUAAGAGCAAGUGGGACAUAGCGGUGCGAGAAAAGGAGAGGAGGGGGAGAAGAAAGAGGAAUUAAAAAAGAAAAGGAAGAAAGAGACAGGGAGGGAGGAGGGAGAGCGGGCGAUAAAAAAAGAAAGAUGACAUCCUCGCAGCUGAACGGCCGAGGUGGAGCGAUAGGCUGCGGCCCGGCGAGAGCACCGCUCGCCGGGGUCAGGGCUUGAAUCCAACAGCGAGGCUUCGACAAACACCCGAUUGGCCUAUUUGGGGGGAAAUCGGAAAAAAAAUAUUUGGAUUCAUAAAUUAAAAACAAAGCAUGACCUGCUGUGCUGCCAGAUACGUGUGUUAUAACCCAUAUUUGUUCUUUUGCGUAAAAAUACGCAUUUAUUUCACGCAGGUUGGCUUAUUGUUUGUUGCUAAAGUGUGAUACUGUGAGAUGCGAGGUUUUUUGUUUUUUUGCUUCUUUUUUUCUGGAAGUAGUUUGGACUGUGUGAUCCUGCGCUUCAGUGAGACUGCUGUUUAAAUUAAUUAAAGUUAGAAACCAAAGUCAAAGAGAGAAACGGGCUGUUAUUGGCCUGGCCUGCUCCACCACUGCCUGUGUACCGCAGCGUGCGUUAGUCAACAGCUGCGUGCAUUUUAAUCGUCAGCACUAGGCUACCUCAAUGAGAGAAACAUAUUUUUGCAGACGGCUUUUUUCGCGUUUUUCCAGAGGACCCGGGAGCCCGGCGUUUCUGCUGCCGGACAGGCGGCUGUUUGCGCCCCGAUCAGCGGCGGGCCGACCCGAAGAAAGCGAUGCAAAGACCGCUCUCCUCGAUCUCAAUCCAGAGCUGACUUUCUAAUCUCCAUCGCUGUGGCGCAAAAUGGAUGCUGCUUGGAGCAAUUUUCUCUUCCAGAGUACUCCCACUCAAAACCAAGUGGAGGGGAGCCUCCAAUCAGAGCUCUUGCCAGUUCAUACGAGUUCUCCCCAGACCCCACCCACAGAGCACAUAGCACAGCCUCCUUCAACUGUGGACACCACUGCUCUCAGUGAGGAACCUCUGCCUGUGAAGCCCGUGUCUCGGCCAGCUCGCGUGCAACACAUCUGUGCCAUCUGCAACAAGCAGUUCAAGAACAACUACAACCUGCGGCGGCACCAGUCGGUCCACACUGGGGUACGCAUGAAGGACAGGGCCAGAGAGCAGGCGGAGGGAGCAAAGGAGAGAGCUGCCAGCCAGGUGGUGGCGGCGGCGGCGGACCCGUCGGCAAUGGCGGUGGGGGCCGGAGGGAGGGCGGAGAGGCCCCAUGUUCCCCUCUCCCUGCUGCACCUCUCCGCGCCUCCCCCUCUCGCCCCUCCCGGUGUGCUGGCGGGCGUUCAGCAGCCUCCCCUGGGUGGUCAGGAUUGUGAAGGGGUGGCCAUGCCAAACGUAAUGGCUAGUGUUAACCCUCAUGCUCCGCCUCCUGCUGCUGUCGUCAUGGCCACAGGGGCGGCAGUACAGCGGCCCACGAACCCCAACCCCAACCCCGUGAGGAAGAACCACGCCUGCGAGACGUGCGGGAAGGCCUUCAGAGACGUCUACCAUCUCAACCGUCACCGCCUGUCCCACUCAGACGAGAAGCCGUUCUCCUGUCCCAUCUGCCAGCAGCGCUUCAAGAGGAAGGACCGCAUGAGCCACCACGUGCGCUCCCACCAGGGCGGCGUGGAGAAACCCUACAUUUGCCCCCACUGUGGAAAGGCUUUCUCCAGGCCCGACCACCUCAAUAGUCACGUCAGACAGGUGCACUCCUCGGAACGACCCUUCAAAUGCCCCACAUGUGAGUCCAGUUUCGCUACUAAGGAUCGUUUGCGUGCACAUAUGAUUCGCCACGAAGAGAAGGUGCCCUGCCACAUCUGUGGGAAGCUCCUGUCAGCUGCUUACAUCACAGAUCACAUGAGAGUGCACAACCAGUCGCAGCACCACUCAUGCCAUCUCUGUAACCGCAGCUUCACCACACUGACGUACCUUCGUGUCCACGCUCAGAAGCACCACGGCCAGGAGUGGAAGGACAGCCCGGGGGGCUUUGGCGGCAGCGCCUCUGGCGGCAUGCUCGUCUGUCACUUGUGUGGCGUCCACUGCAAGACGCCCACCCAGCUCCAGGGUCACAUGGGCACCCACACCAACAACCAGGCCGCCCAGAACCCCGUCACCUCUAAUGUGGCUGCCAGCAGCUCAAUCACCCUUAGCAACAUGGUGACAGCACCCACCGUCUACGUCACCGGUAAUACGGUGGUGGACCUGCUCGUCACAGACUGCUCUAGCAUUGCAGCACCGCAACCCCAAAGUUAGCAGUAGAGAGCUCAUCAGCAAUAACCCCUGUCCUUCAGCAGAGGGCAAGGUCAGAGACGGUUGGAGUUACUCGUAGAUGCUGAUCCGAUUUUAGUUUUGUCACAUCUCCACUCACGGGUAAGGUUAGGAUGAAGAGUUGAGGUUGAGAUUAACACCAGUCAGUGCUCAAGGGCAGUUUAACCUCAGAGUUGCAGAGCUGAGGCACCAGAGAAAAGGAGAAAAUGGAGGAGCCGGGGAGGGGGGCAGACAAAAGGACAUUUGUAGCUGCAGGAGGUUCAGUGACACUAACGACAAACGUGGAUGUGUUGUCCAGAUAUUUCCGAGUGCUCUUGUACGUUUAAAACUCCAAUGAAACUGUGGUAUUGUGAGCAUCUACUGUAUCACUCUCCUCUCUCUUUCCUCUCUCUCUGUCUCUUCCCUCGACCCCGGCGUCGGCUGCUCUCUGCAAGCGCACCAAGUACUGUAUGUAUAUCUCACACCAGCUCUGAUCUUACCUCCAUUUUGCAGCUCACUUACUAAGAAUCCAAAAGGCUUGCGUUUAAAAUAAGUAAAGAAAAAAAGUAGCAGGGAGAGAGCAACUCCCAGAAAAUAAAACGAAGAAUCGGUUUAGAGGGGAGGUCGCGUGGAUGGGUGCGCGGAAGUCUCGGCUCGACUCGCAUGUUGGCUUGUAUUUUGUUUUAUUUCAUUUGCUUUUUUUCAGAGAAUUAACUUUUGAUUUGAAGCGGCGAUGAUCGUUUCUUUAAGUCUCUUUGAUUCGGAUGUUUGUAGAUCGGGACAGAAGACGGCAUGCAUUCGUGGGAUGUACUUUAUUCAUUUGUCUCCAUAAAGGUACAGAGAUGACGAGAGAGUUGCGUUCAGCACCGUCAAGCACCUUAAACUUGUUAUUGCUGGAUUCCGUAAAGGAUCGAAGUGGGUUUAAGAUUUCUUGGAUUUUUCUCGCUCUCAGUCUUCCUCUCUGGGUCUAGCCUUUGAAAUUUAAAAAAAAAAAGAAAAGAAAAAGCAAGAAACAACUGCUAACAAACACUUCAGCUUCUGACAUGGCGAAAUCUUGCACCUGAGAACUACCUUUUUGCAUGAAAACAAGCUAGCUCAGUCAUGCGUAUUGUUAGGGAGCUGUGAUGACAAAAGAAACUUUUCAGCAGUUCCACUAAGUAAGUUAGUUGGCUGUAAACAAUAAUAUUUAUAAAAGUGUUGAUUUCAUUCAGACAUUUUUAACAUUGUUGGCCAUUCAUUUGAUUGUAUCGCCACAGUCCUUUUGUUUUCUCUAUGUACCAGUCCAAUGAGUGAAACUUAUGCAUUAGAUUUAGUCAUUUAACCCUCUGUAUAGCACAUAAUGUUUCGAACACGUCAUUUUGCAUUAAUCAUGUGAAGAAUGGACUUUUUUUUUGAGUUAUAUUGUGGGUGAUUGAGUGGUGUUGAAAGGGCUUCUAAAGUCACAAGUUGGAGUUUGAUGACAUAAGUCGGAAUUUGCUGUAAACUAAAUCCUGGUUUCGUACUGGAGCGAGUUUUCAGUUUUGUGUUGAUACGUUAUCUCGAGAUUCAUAGAGUUCUUUUCACCUUUUUUUUUCUUCCUUUUUCUUUUCCUUUGGAAAUACGUUCUUCCUGUUGAGAAAAUUAGUGAAUUACUAAAAGUUAAUUUUUAGCUUUUCUCCAUUACAUUAAGAAAAAAAAAGUAAUACCUCUACUCUAGGAUUCUGUACAGCUCUUGUGAUACAUCUUAAUGCCUUAUCGUACUCAACUGCAUUUUAAUUCUUUUAUGAUAAAAUAUUUCAAAUCUUAGUCAUGGAUUCAUUAAGAAUAUUAAUGGGAUGUAUUUAUAUUUAUAUUUUUAUAUUUCUCAACAGUAUGCAUGUCUAAAAGGUUGUUAGAGCAAAAAAAAAAUAUCAAUGAUGCUUACUACAGUCAUAAAUAUUAUGUUAUUUUGUAGAUGCAGUAGAGUUCAUGUUAUUAUUUUGUAAUUUGGACAAUUUAAAUUAAAAAGAGUAAAUGGG